AUGCUCGGACACCCUCAGUACGAAAUAUGGUUCAAGGCCAAUCUGCGAUGCAGCCAAGCUACGUUCGGUCGGCUCGUCGAUUGGCUACGCCACGAACUACCUGAACGCUACCGUCGGCUUUCCUAUCACUCGUUCGAAAAGAAGGUGGCUGUUGUGUUGUACUUUCUCGGCUCCGACGGAGGAUACCGUGAAACGGUCGCUGCGUUUGGAAUGUCCAAGUCGUGGUGCGUUAAUGUUGUGAGCGUGUUGACGGUGAUGAACGAAAAGUCGCUCGAUCAAACCACAAUCGUCGUGACUGCGUGCUUUGUGCUCCAUAGCAUGUUCUUGUAUUACAACGAUGGUUUGUUUGCCAUUCCAAAUCGCCGUCGCGACCGCAACGAUCAAGUUCAGCCGUUUGAUCAGUCGGAGUCGGAAACAAACCCAUUCCUCCGCAAGACAGCUUUGACGAAGCGCACUGCCAUUGCACGAAUUUUAUAUUAA